AUGCAUCGCAACACAGAAGACUAUCCUCUUCCUAAGCAGCAGCAGCAGCAGCAGCAGCACCAACAGCAGCAGCAGCUGCAGCAGCUGCAGCAGCAGCAGCAGCAGCAGCAGCAAUAUAGUGCUUGGCCUUCCCCUCCUCCUCCUUCCUUACCUCGUACUGUCUCUCGUACUUCUUCUGAUUUCCUCUUCUCUUCUUAUCAUCAUUCUUCCUCUUCUCCCUUCCCUAGUACCUCCUCAAGGGGCCCCCAGGGGUCCCCCCUAGAGGGUACAAGAAGGGGGGCCCCCCAAGGGGUUGAGGCCCCUUGGGGGGUUGGUCCUCAAGGGGGAGGGUCCCCUGGGGGGCCCCCUGAGGGCCUUUCUGUGGGGAGUUCUGGAGGAUCCUUUGGGGGCCCCCCAGGGGGCCCCCUAGGGCACUCAAAUUGGGGGCCCCAAGGGGGCCCCCAGGAGUCAAUGGGGGGCCCCCAGGGUCUACCCUCCUUUCCUGAUGAGAGAGACAGCGGAGACAGAGGAGAAUUACUACUAGAUGGGGGCCCCCAUGUAGGAAGGGGCCCCCUAGGUGGCCAUAGGGGGGCCCCCCUGGGGGGCCCCCAUGAGGACCAUUUGCGGCGUAGUCGUACAGUGCAACCCACAGGCGAAUAUAGUGUACACUACAGACAGCAGCAGCAGCAGCACCAGCAGCAGCAGCAGCAGCAGCAGCAGCAGCAGCAGCAGCAGCAGCAGCAGGGUGAGCAGCAUAGGUGUCAGGUGUGGUUCCACAAUACUGAUGGUUCUGCAGCAGCAGCAGCAGCAGCAGCAGCAGGAGAAGCAGCAACAGCAGCAGGAUCAGGAGAAGCAGCAGAAUCAGGAGAAAAAGAUGCAGCAGCAACAGCAGCAGCAGCAGCAGCAGCAAAAGCAGCAAAGAGACAGGAGGCAAUUGUCCCCGCGCUGCUGCACUACAGCAGUUUAUCUGCAGAUGAAGCAGCAAGACCUGAGCUGUAUGGAGACCUUCAGGUACCUAUAACAUAUGAUAACCCAAUAAACGCUAAGCUAAGAUUAACAGCAUUAAGAAGAGGAGUUCGUGAUUGGGGUAUUGAUUGUGAUAAUAAGUAA